AAGCGUCAGGUUACCUGGAAUACUUUCGUUUUGUUUGUUAGCAGGGCUCGGCCACACCAAAACAGGUCUCUCUUCGAAUCUGCGCAGCGUCGAAACCGAACGCCGCACACCAGUGCGCUUUAUUACAGGCCUGAGGUUGCAGAAAGGGCCCCUGUCCGACACCCUUGGAGCUGGAUUUAGUUACAGUGUCGCUGAAAGAAAAGAGUGAGGGAGGUAGACAGCAAGAGAGAAAGAGAAGGGGACAUAAAAUCAAGUCAGCUUUGAGGAGUUGAGACCAGCUGGUGGAGGAGGACGCGGGAUAUUCGUUGGACUGUGACGUUCUGGAGGUCCGACCUUCAAGGAGGGAGGAUAGUGUUCUGUAGAGAGUGGUCAUCUGGUUCGAACUUUAACUGAUAACUGCAUCAUGUUGACUGGUCAGCAGGCUGAAGAAAGCACACGUCCGUUGAACCCGACACACACAGGGGUUCCACGGCCAGGCCGCCACAGAAAGCCCAUGACGGCCCCAAAGUCUCAGAAAGAGAAGGCAUCUAAGAGGAAGAAGGUGUUGUUAACUGUGGCGGCAGUUGUGGUGCUGCUGGGAAUACUGGCCACUGCUGCUUACUUUAUUAAGCAGCUGAUAGACAGCAAGUACUUCUUCUGCACCAGGUCGUUUAAGUUCAUCUCGUUAGAUAAAGCCUGUGACGGAACGGAUGAUUGCACAGGGGGAGAAGAUGAAAAAACCUGUUUAUCGAGCAUCAAAAUCAACACUACAUUUCCAGUGCGCCUCAUGACCCGCCAGAGUGUCCUGCAAGUGUACAAUCCCAGCUCAGGGUGGAGGAGCUUGUGCAGCGAAGGCUGGACUCAGCAGCACACACAAACGGCGUGCAAACAGCUGGGUUACACAGAUGACCCUGGUAGCACUGCUGUUCCUGUGAACACGUUAUUAGCUAACCUGAGAUCUGGACCGUUCACUGCACUCAGGUCGGCGGCGGCUAGCACUCCUGUUCAUCAGGCUACAGUCGACCGGGCUAGAUGCACAUCCGGAGCUGUGGUUUCUUUGUCCUGUUCAGACUGUGGCCAGGUGGGCCAGAAUCGUAUUGUUGGGGGUACGGAUGCCAACAUUGAGGACUGGCCAUGGCAGGUGAGCCUGCAGCAGGGAGGCCAGCACACCUGUGGUGGUUCACUGGUGUCCCCAAGCUGGGUCGUCACUGCAGCCCAUUGCUUUGCCGGCAGUAAAAAGGAGCUGAGUCGCUGGAAAGUGGUGUCAGGCCGGACCCACAUGGGCACACUGGGAGGUUCCUCUGUUGACAGGAUCAUACUGAAUGGGAACUACAAUGCAGCAAGGAAUGAUUACGACAUUGCACUCAUGAGACUCACCAGCCCAAUCAAAGUUGGAGUGAGUCGGAGGCCUGUUUGUCUUCCCCCAAAAUCCUUCGACCUCGCUGCUUCAGCCCCGUUGACAGUUACCGGUUGGGGAUACCAGGAGGAAAAUGGAAACAUUUCUCCAACGCUGCAGAAGGCUAACGUCCCUCUGAUAGAAAGGGCUAAGUGUUCCAGCCCCACUGUGUAUGGUACCUCCAUCACUGACAGGAUGAUCUGUGCUGGUUUUCUGGAGGGGAGCGUGGACGCAUGUCAGGGCGACAGUGGCGGCCCGUUGGUGCACUUCAUCUCAACCAGAUGGUAUCUGGUCGGGGUGGUGAGCUGGGGCGUGGGCUGUGCUAGGGAGAGACGUCCGGGCGUCUACUGCAAUGUGGAAGAGAUGGUCAACUGGAUACACACUGUCAUUGAGAAAAACCCAUGAUGAACCUGCACUGCAAAAAGACUAUGCUGCAAAGUGAAGCUGUGGAGCAAUACUUUCCUCAGCCAGAUGGAAGGAUGCGCACAUUCACACACAUUUCUACUUUUUUGUUUUGUUUUAGCGCCAUUUAUGGUAUCUCAGGGCACAAGUGAGUGUAUAUGAAUUGUCACUGAGGGUCUUCAUAGCAGGCCAGUAGAGAGCAAUGCAAGGGAUUGAUAACUUUUGCAGCAUCAUUUGUUUACUUGCCAUCUACAUGGGGAGGCUGGUACUAUAGCGUAUAUAGUUAUACUGGGUUGAGGCAUUGAUGAUGCUCAUUCAGUUAAUCUUGGGGACAAAUGCAUUGUUUCACCACACAAAAUAAUGAUUUAAAAACAAGCACUUUUAAGUCAAAAGGCAAUUAUUACUUGACAUUACUGUGUGCGUCUGCGUGUGCAUGUGUGCGCGUUCGAACGACUCAAGCAGAUUGAUGCACUGACCAACAUUUUCAUUUUUUUUUUCUGUUGGCUGUUUGUGCAUCUUUGCACACUCUCCGUUUUAAAGAGUUCCAUUUUUCAGGUUUAAGAAAGGAAAGCUGGUAUAGUUGACGAUUUAAAAAAAGCUGGUUAACGUUGGGAUAAACUUAUUAGGGAGUAAUUUGCCAUCACAGAUUGUUUGAUUGUAUUGAUCUUGAAGUUGUCUUUAUGCUUUUGUAAAUAUGUAAAUAAUAAAGACAGCAUUGCCAAAUAAUGUUAUUAUUAUUCAAUGUAAUUUAUAUUUUAGGUGUGUGUUUUUGAUCCAGCACCAAAAUCUGCACGCAAGACUCCUAACCACACACAUUUGGUAUGUUAACAUGCACUACAAAAAAUAUUACUGCUUGGAUUUGGUUCAAACUAGCUUUUAAAAACACAUUUAAAAACUAAUUAGGUUUUUGACUUUUUAAAGAUGUGAUUGACUUAUCUAGAUUAACCCCUCUAAAUAAUUUGGUGUUGUUUUAAAUGUAAAAAGUUAUGUUGGAAGAAUUAAGGUUUUAGAAUGGCCUUCCCAAAGUCCUGACUUAAACGUGUGGACAAUGCUGAAGAAACAAGUCCAUGUCAGAAAACCAACAAAUUUAGCUGAACUGCACCAACAUUGUCAAGAGGAGUGGUCAAAAAUUCAACCAGAAGCUUGUGGAUGGCUACCAAAAGCACCUUAUUGCAGUGAAACUUGCCAAGGGACAUGUAACCAAAUAUUAACAUUGCUGUAUGUAUACUUUUGACCCAGCAGAUUUGGUCACAUUUUCAGUAGACCCAUAAUAAAUUCAUAAAAGAACCAAACUUCAUGAAUGUUUUUUGUGACCAACAAGUAUGUGCUCCAAUCACUCUAUCACAAAAAAAUUAAGAGUUGUAGGAAAUUAUUGGAAACUCAAGACAGCCAUGACAUUAUGUUCUUUACAAGUGUGUAAACUUUUGACCACGACUGUAGCAUAUACACAUAAACGUAGUUCUAUCAACAAGGAUAUAAAAAGAGUACUGAAAUAAAAAUCUUCAAAAUAAUCCAAAAUAACUAAAAAGCCAGUGGCAGUUUUGCACAAAGCCACUUGAAUAUGGACUAUAGUUCUAAUCAGACUUGAGAUAUUCACAACUAAUAUCAGUCAAGACAAGAACUCCCAGUAGCAGCGUGAACCUUCCCACUAAAGACCCCCAAACAUUGCAGCCAGGAGAAAACAAGUCAAACCUGUUUUGAGGCUUCCCUCUAUUGCAGGGGUGUCAAACGUACAGGUUUUACCCGGCCCGCGGGAUGAGUUUGCUAAUUAUAAAAAUGAGCCAAAAUUUUGGAAUGAAAGAAACCACUGUUCUAAAUGUGUCCACUAGAUGUCGCAAUAGCAAUUAUUUGUAUCUUUGUGGUCGGACGGCGUGGCGUGGUUGGGAGAGUGGCUGUGCCAGCAACCUGAGGGUUCCUGGUUCAAUCCCCACCUUCAACCAACCU